ACGGAAGACGCGACUAUGAACGCCGAGAUGACAUCUAUCUGCCUCUCGGUGCUGUGCAUUUACGUGAUGGCGGCGACAACGCCACCACCGUCGUCGUCGCCGUCGUCCUCGCUGUCGCCGUCGCCGUCACCGUCGCCGUCGCCGUCGCCGUCACCGUCGCCGUCGCCGUCGCCGUCGCCGUCGCCGUCGCCGUCGUCGUCGCCGUCGUCGUCGCCGUCGCGACCUUUGGAAACGACGUCACCUCGUCCCACUAACGUGGCUUACGCGAACGCGAUAGAACCGCACUUGCAGAUCCUGCCGAGCGGCGAGACGCAGUCGAAACCGAUCGGCUCCAGCAUCAUCCUCACGUGCAAGCCAAAGGUGGACCAGCCUCAGCUCAUCGACAAUAUGCAAUGGCUCGACACGAAGAACCAAACUAUCGAGCCCCUCAAUCUCCUUGUUACGCCGCUCAAAAGCUCGCACAUGGCAACGCAGAAGCCGCCGAUGUACACCGAGAGGUAUCAGGACGGCAGUCUAGCUCUAUUCUUUAAUUCUCUCGAUGAGGAACAGGCUGGGACGUACCAGUGCAUUGGGACUUAUGCGAAUUCCUUGAUGAUGAGCAAGUCCAUUACGAUCGUCACCAUCAUCGCAAUCACUUGGGAGAAUGCACCGCUGGACCAACAUCCUGUUAUUGGUGAGGAAUUCCCCAUUCAUUGUAAAGUACGCGCUAAUCCUGCACCUUCGGUUGACUGGCUCUACAACGGCGAGCUGAUCAGGACCAACGAUCAUUACAUCAUAGACAAAUUCACUCUAACAAUCAAGAAUGUUCAGGAGUCCGACGACGGUAUAUACACCUGUCGAGCAUCGGUCCAAACCACAGGAGAGUUACGGGAGCGACCUAUUAAAGUUGAGGUAUACACGCGACCCUCAAUCGAAGAGAUCCCAGGCACCAUCGAGAUCGUCGAGGGCGAAAACGCGAAUAUCGCGUGCAAGGCUAGCGGCAAGCCGCCACCAUUAUUGAGCUGGAUCAAGACACUCACUCAUACGAAUCUCUCCACCGCUGAUCGCUUUGGUGUCGAUCCGUACACUGGUAUACUCACCAUCACCGACGUGAAACGCGAAGACGCGGGUGAAUACCAGUGCGAGGCGAAGAGUCCCGCCGGCAUCGCCACCGCGAACAUCCAGGUAAAUGUGAUCGUCAAGCCUAAGAUCAUGGAGUUCAUGAACAAGACGGUGGUGGAGAGCAAGACGGUGGAUAUCAUGUGCAAGGCCUUCGGCCGGCCACCGCCCAAUGUGAGCUUCAGGAAAUUCACAGCCGAAAAGCAGUACGUAACUGGAUCUCAGCCGAAUGACGACAGGAUCGUGAUGAUAAGCAAGCCAGACGAAGUGAACGGCGAGACCAUCGGCAUCCUGACAAUCGGAAGCGCUAUGAGGUCGGACGAUGGCUUGUACGAGUGUAUAGCGAAGAACUCCGGCGGCGUCGCCUACAGGAACGGCCACCUCACUGUCGAGUACCCGCCCUCUUUCCAGUCGAUGCCGAAUGUCACAAUUUGGUCCUGGGAUAAGCGACCGGUUAAUCUCACCUGCAUCGCCGAGAGUAUACCAAACGCGACGAUAAGCUGGAGAAUAUAUGGUGACCAGGAAAUCGAGAACCAUGCGGUAUUGCAACAGUUCGGCCACGGACCGAUCUCCAUCCUCUCAGUCACGCCGUCCGACAACAGGUACUAUACCACCUACAAGUGCAUCGCCGCGAACCUCCACGGCACACGUGAGAAUUCGAUCGAGCUGAGGGAAGCGAAGAGGCCUGGGAACCUGCUAGAAGUCAAGAUGACGGAGAUCAGCGCGACGACGAUAGCAUUCAAACUGAUACCGCCCUUGCAUCCGGACUUGGACGUCAAGACUAUCACCGUGCAGUACAAGGAGCAGAAUGAGAUUUGGAUGCAAGCGAGGAACAAGACGUGGUCCGUCGAUGGCCGAUACGUCAUUGAGGAUUUGAAACCGCUGACACCGUACGAUUUUCGAUUCGCGGCGAUGAACGACGUUGGCCUGGGCAAUUGGGGCAACGACUAUCACGAGAUGACACCUGGUAAGACGGUGCCGAUGAUGCCAAAAGUCAUGACCUCAGUGGCGUACGAUGAAUACGAUUCAUCGCCGUACAAUAACCAGUUCGAGCUCGGCUGGACUACGCCGGCCAACAAUGGCGAGCCCAUAGAUAUGUACCAAAUCAAGUAUUGCCAGAUAAGACGCGUCGUCGGUGAUUGGGAGUUGUUGCACGACACCUGUCGAACGGAGGAUAUCAAACCUCAGAAUAGGCACUGGCUAAAGGAACUGAACUCUGACACUUUCUACAACGUCGAGCUACAAGCUCACAACGUGAUGGGCUUCAGCGAGCCAGGAUCCAUCAAGUUCAAGACGGCCAGAGAAUCUACGGGCAUCCCUGUGGACUAUACAAUAAUAUCUGCUGCUGGUGGUACUUGCAAGAUCGCCGUGGCCGCCAUUACCACAGCAGUAUUGCUCCUAUCUCUAGCCAUUUAGAGUCGCCGUCAGGGAUAUUUGCUCCUCGCGCUAAUCUUCCCCUCGUCGUGAACGCACGCGAUAGGAAGCGAGGCGAAUUCGCCAACAGUACAAGAGAGACACCACGAUGGACGAGAGAGAAUGAGAGAGAGAGAGAGAGAGAGAGAGAGAAAGAGAGAGAGACAUGCUCCACUAAUAUAGCACACACUCUUUCGCGAUUUGCUGCGACUCGCGUGUUUCGUUCGAAUCGUAUUGACCAGACAAAUCGCUCGGAGAGACCACGAAGUGUGUGCGUUUCGGGAUUCGUGCGAGACACGACGACGACGAUUAAAUCGCGGAGCUCUUAUACAUAUUGUGUCGUUCAUUUGUAUCCAUUUAGUAGUAGACGAUCGACAACGAACGAACAAACAAACGGCCAAGCAGAUCGACACGUUCGCCGGUACAUUCCGCAGUUAAACGAGGAGAUAGCAUUUAAGUGGGUUCUGUAAGGAGAAAAGCGCGCGCGACAGGCCGCAAAGCGAAUUGUAUUUAUACUUAUUGUUUGUGUUAAAUGCUCACGGUUAGUAAACGUACUGGUACGUUUCCUUUCACUCUUCUUUCGUGUGUUAAGUUAAGAGCUGCACCUUGUUUAAUGGUGACCCUUGCAAGAGGCAGGUGCACCGCGCCCGCAGUAGUAAUGCGCAAAGAUCACACGCCGCUCGCACUACCGUGGUGCAAAAAAGAAAAAGAAGAAAAGAAAAUAAUUCACGUGGCCAACACGAUAACGUAUCGUACCGACAGUCGCGUGUUUCGCGGUGAUCGCGAUUGUAAUUAUGAUUAAAGUUGGAGUUAUAUCGGUUUUUCACAAGCGCAACGUUGAAGUCUAAACGAGUCACGACGACGCGCCGUCGAUAAAUUUCUGCGGUUACGAGUUUUUGUAUAGUGUACACACGAUAGAGCGGUAACUAGGUGAGAGACGAAAUGUGUGCUUCCCUGUAUGUACGUUGGUUCGAGCGUUGAAGCAACGAUCUAUCGGUCGAGAGCGCAGACAUCUAGUUCUCGCAGCCGAUGCGUACUGCGCGCGAUGCCGCUGCACUUCGGUAUUCGGAGCGUAUGAGCGUAUCAACGAGCGUGUGAGACCACAACGUGCAGACCAUAAGAGUGCUACUGCCCUAAAUUCGCCAACUAUUCGCGCGCGAGAUUCAGCGACGAAGUAGGACAGUGUUAGAGGAACGCAAAUCGAAUUAGGGGAAACGAGCGCCGCGCAUACUUUCAGUAAUCGCAUAGUCCUGAAUCGCGCGCAAAUGCGAACGUGAUAAUCGUACUUUGUUGAAUAUACUUACGAAUGGAGCACUGAGAACUGUUUACUGAGCUCACCGAUUGACACGCGUCGAAAGUACACUCUCAGAACGGUGCUCUUUUCACGAUUUUUACGAUUUUUACUCAUUUUUACUGGAGAAAAUGCCGAUAGACGCGUUUAAGGACGAUCGAACGGAGCGACGAAAGAGAGGGGGAGGAAAAGAAUGAUUACUGAUAGAGAGCGAGACCGGCGGAAUGCGGUCGCGAAUCUUCAUCUCGUCGUCGUCAGAGAGAAAUAAAUGCUGUUAUACGCAUUAAACGAUGAUACCAGUUGACGGUUCCUAUUGCCAAUCUCAUUGCCAGAAAGAAAAUCCGUUUUUAUCGAAGCCUCGAGAGGCAACGUGAGAGACAUUUACCUCCUUUGUACACGAGACGACACUUGCACGCUCGACUCGCGUUCGUGCGACGCUCUCUCUCUCCGUGCCGGGGAAUUUCGCAUGAGUCCCUGCUGCAAACCCUUCGCGAAGUCGCGUCACGCACACAGGAUCCUUGGUCCUGGAGCCCGACUCUAUCCACCGCGAACAUGAACGUGACUGUGACGAAACUUCGGGAUAAUACACUAACGAAAUCGCUAUAUUUCUGAGAUUCUUUCCUCGUGUUUUCACGCGUCAAAACACGACGCCGUAAAUCGUCGUAUCUCGUACAGCGUAUACGUUACAUCUAUACUAUUAUAUCAUACGAUAUGGCGUUUUUUUUACUGAGUCUGUAAAAAGAUCGAGUAAUGUGAAUGUAAAUCGAGUAUCGGUUAUGAUUUAUCUGUUGGAUCAUUUUUCAAGUUUCUCAAUUGACAAGCAGUUCCUUUGUCUGUAUUCUUUCUUACUUGUUUACAAAUCGCUGCAUGAGCGAUUUGAUAGGUAGUUUCGUGCGGACAAACUGGAUAACAAUAUUAUCCUCUCUCUCGUAACGUUGGACUAUUUGUACGGAGCAGCAGCAAUCUCAUUGUAAACGUUUAUCUCUCGAGACAGGAUUAUGCAAUACUUAUCCUUAUAGUCGGGUUCCGGGAUUAAAUCGCGCGACAAAUUCCGAGAGAGAAUUCGCACGCACGGGAGUACGACGAACUCGAACAAACCGACAAAACAGUUUAGUCCUUUUUUUCUUCUUCUUAAAUAUGAAUUGAUUUCGCGCGAUUUUUUGCAUACGAUAUAUGAUUUCUCUCUUCUCUCUUGCCUUUGAUCUGUUUGAUUCCCUCCUUUUUCAAGAAUUUUCUUUUUUUUUUUUUUAUUUUUGUGGGAAUUUUUAUUCAGAGUCGCACAUUAGUUUCGCUUGACUAGUUUUGGAGAUACGUGUUUAGUAUACGCAUGAUCUGUGUGUUGCGAUCAUUAUACAAUUAUGAUUCUCCCAUUACAAUUUUACGAAUUCUCCCAUUAUAAUUACGAAUUCGUUAUCGCCGUAGUUCUUACAUAUAUCAUGUAACCAUCGUUACCGACGGUAGCCGCCAUCGCACCGCCGCCACCGCCACCGUAAUUGACACUACCGUCAUGAUUAAUCACUAAUCUCGGGCGACGAGCGCGAGAAUUGAGAGCGAUUAUCGAAUUGCGACGGAUACAAUUUUUGACGCCGCAAGCGACGGGAAAAUAAUCCAGAACGUGGAAUAAUUGGAAAAUUCCUAGGUAAAUCGUUGAACCAAAUAUCGCGAUGGAAGCUUGAAAUACGUAUUGGAAAAUGUAGCGAAAUGUAGCGAAAUUUUCCCAGUGAAAUGCAAUCGUGAAAAAAAAAAAAAAAGAAUAUCUCAAUUUCGCAUUAAUUAUCGUCGCGAGAUCGCCGAUUCAUUUUGUCACCGGCAGCUCGGCGAAUUUUCCGCGCUCGCCUAACGCGCGCGCCGUUUCGAAUAUCUCUCGCUUCGUCACGCGCAUUGUCAUACCGCACAAUGGCAACGCGAGUGAGGCAACGUGAGUGUAAAUCACGCGUCUCCUCCCGUGUCUUUAGCGUCGAAAAUUGAACUCGCGCGCGAAAUAAUACGGUUUCGAUUCCCGGAUAAGAGACUACAAAAGGAGCGCGGUUCGAUCUCGAAGGCCUGGUCGUAUCCGGAACGGGCGGUCUUUUACCUCAAGUGCCUGUAUACACACAUACACCAGGCUCGCAAACGCGCGCAUUGAUCGCCUUGCCGAGGCUCGCGCGGAAACGCCGGCGAUCGAUCGAGAUGUGACGAGGUCUUCGACCCAGAUCUCUUUUACGUCCCUUUUAUGUCCGUUCGCAAUGCCUGGGUUCUUAGAUAUUAGUCCACAACGCAUGGCAUGCGCUUUGUUAUUAUUAUUAUCAUCAUUCCCUUCCCCUUUGUUUUUUCUUCUCUCUGUUUUUUUUUUUUUUUUGGUCUUUUUAAUCGACGAGCAAUGCCGAGUUUCGUCGACGGCGUUCCCAUUCCAUGUUGACGACGUACGUUCCGGUGGAGAACGCGGAGAACGCGGAGAACUCGCGUCCACCUCCGUGCAGUGUUCAGCGCACGAAGCGUCUCGUGUUUACCGUGCCGUGAUUCUAGCGACGGAAUUUUUAGCUGUAAUUGUACGAAUCCGACGGUGCGCAUUAAUUACAAAGUGCCGACGAAAUCGUCAGAGCUUAAAAACUUGUUGUUUUGAAAUCGUAGUCCAAGUCGGAACAAAUCGAUAUCCGCCGCCGGUGGAGGUAGCGCAUCGACGCGUUUUUUAUUUUCUCAAUUAUUUCAAGCGGGCUCUGCUUCAGGCAGAAAUUUCAAUUCGGUCGGAACGACACCGGUGUUUAAUGCCGGAAAUAGAAAAGUCGCUGUAAUCAAAUCUCCGCUAAUGAAAAAUUGAUUUCACAUACGUCAAAGAAUUCGUAAUUGCACGCUUCGACACGGUAGAAGUGAGACAGACCAUACACACACACACACACACACACACGCAGACGCCUCAGUAUACGCGAAACACAUGCGAAACACACGCGAAACACACAGUAUACGAAUGAUUCGAACCGUGGUAAUCGCAAAAAGCGUUUUUCGACUUUCGCGUUGAAAUCGGACGACGCCCGGAACUUCUGUCGAAAUCGGCGCACCACGUUGCAAAUCUCGCGCACGCCGAAAUUUCAUCAGACUCUUCGCGCUUUCCUGCAUUUCGACAGAAACCAGAGUCAGAGCAACCAAUAACAUCCUGUAUCUCUCGAUGGAAAAGAGAAAAAAGCGCCAGAUGCAUCGAAUCGACGUGAGACCUUGUGCUUUGUAAUUAAAAUUGCCCGAGGAAAAUAUGAUUACGUCGUAUUUGAUCUCGCACUAAUCCAUUCUUCCGUUCGCGCUUCCGACGCUGCGAGUGACAGGACAGUAUUGGUCGGUCCCGCACCAAAUUUUGGCUGCGCCGCGGGUAUCGAUGACGACGAUGACCGUAGCCAAGUCUCUGUGAGGCAUCGCAAUAGAUAACCCGUGACGCAUGACGAGCUCUGGCUUCCGUUCAACGUCGAGCAAACGUCGUAAAAGGCUGGACGAAAGCCGGUCGACGUCGGACGACUUUUACGCGCAAACGCCGCUCUUUUACUUCCGGCGACAAUAAACUCCAGCAUAACUUCGGGAACAUUCGCGAUGCGGAGGAACAUUGCUGGAGCGCGCGCGUGCAGAUAAAGGCGCUCUUAGGGAACGCUUAAAGUCGGCGCACGUCGAAGGACGAUGGUCGUGGAUACGAGCGGAAGACUUUAAACCGAUAAGACAAUGUCUCGGCGUGCCCCAGCAGCCGCGAGGACAGAAAGGAAAACGAUCGAGAGACAGAGAGAAGGGGUGAAAGAGCGAGACGAUAGUCGCCAAAAUGGUUUCCUAUCCUCGUGAAUCUUCCUCGGCGAGUUUUCCUCUUUUCCGGCGGAAAUCACCGGUCGACUCCUCUCGCCGAGCGCCGGGAAUGAUUGUAACUGGGACUGGCCGAGCGAAAUCCCUCCAAUUUUCGCACUUUGUCUCGAUAAAAGGAUCCGCGCCGGAAUUGCGAUGAACAGACCGGGCUAUCGAUUUAGUACGCCGUCGCGUCGGCACAGACUGCGCGUCUUCCGUUAUUUCACUUUGCCGAGCAGACUCGCGCAAUUUCGCCCCGUGGCCCAAAUAGACUUCCGUCAAUCCCCAAAGAGAAGCGCGUAACACUGUGGAGAAUCGUCCUUUUCUUUUCUUUCUUUCUUCUUUUCCUGCUCAUUACGUACAUGUGUCUAAACGCGGCUGUCCGACGGGUCCGACAUUCUUAAUUGAUAAAUUCGGUAUAAUCGUAACUGUUUAGAGAUUUCGAGGUCAGGCUAAAUCAGGCGAUGCAGAUUCGUUACGGGAAUGCACGGAACGCCCCGUUUCCACGUUUUCCUCGCCCAAAAGGACACAAUAAUUCAGAAGCAGCUGCAUUUAACGCCAGACGCGCGCGGCAAGUCCCGGCGCAAGGACAAACGGCUCUUUAUGCGCGAUUGUUCGACACGACGCGUUUCGCGCGAACUAAUUACGCGAGAGCGUGCAGUUCGUUCCCCUCACGUGACGGAGGCGAGGGAGCGUGUUUGCGGAGAGCCUCAAACCAGAGAGGGCGAUCCCUCCUCGCAAACCGCAGGAUCAAUCGAUCCUCGAUUCUUGCAGGCGGAAUUGUCUCUGCCGGGAAAUCAAGGCAGCUUUGUUUCGCCGUUUGAGCAGAUCGAUCCCGCGCCCGGCGGAUAAACUGCGAGCGCGCAAAUGCUCGAUUCGGCGACGGGCUCUCAUUGUUCGCGCGUACGACGACGAUCGUUCGUCGGAUGCUUGGAGGACCGCGCGCCAUCAUCUCGAGGACGCAACUGCCGCGGCGCCGAGGGGAAAUCAAUUAGCGGGGAAUGCGGGAUUAUUCCGAUCGAGUCGCUUUGUCGAGUGGUUAUACGAUUACCCGGAAUUUGUCUCGGGAGAAGGAAUAACGUGUCGUAGAGUCGGCCGAGCCAAUUCAGACUGCGCGCAAAUGGAGAUGCAUUAGAUCCGCAAAUUGAUUCGCUGUGCCUUCGGUUUUAUCCAAUCCCGAGUGCCAUAUCAGAUUUCGGUAUCAUUUUCCUGCCCUUUCGCCGUCUUCGAGUGGUAUGACGGCAUUAGCAUUCAUGAAAUGUGCCACGUGACACCGUGGAACGAGCGACAUAAGCUCAGACAAGCACUAAUGAAGCGCUAAUCAACAUUGACAAAGUGUGGAUCUGAUAUUAUAUUCUUUGACUAAAUA